CUAACGUCAUCGGUCGCCGACAGUUCCAUUCUUAUCGCAGUCCGUCUAAUCGGUGGUGUUUCAAUUUGCAGAAAGGUGUCCCUCUCCGGUCCCCUCCUAUAGAAAAACGGUUUUUGGAUUCUGCACCCACUCUAUUUGGGGGGUGAUUUAGUGGAAAGGGGUAGCAAAACCACCCCAAAGCAAACGACAGUUCACAACGCAUUUUAUAGUGCAGCUGAUGGUGAGUGAAAAUGGUGGGUGGUGAAAAUUCAACCACCUCGUUUCAGGAGCCUUGAGAGCAGGGGAAGGAAGAGUAACUACAGAAAAUAGUAAGAAGAAGCAAGCAAGGAUUGGAAGGCGCUUUCAGCGGUCGAUUGUUGUUUCGGGGGAAAGUUGAGAAUAGUGUGUGGCUCCUUGGUGGCGAUUUGUAAGGAGUUCUGUCACCCCCAUAGAAAAGGAGCAAGUGUUGGGCACUAGGUGCACUGCAUCUCGUUCUGGCACGUGUCAGAAAGUGUGGGUUGUGAUUGCGGGCAUCGGAAGAAGCGACUGGAAAGGAUUCGCUGCGAGCACAUUCAAUUGCUAAAAGAGGUGGUAGGAGAAGAAUUCCGUGUUUUUCCCAGUGGGUGGUGAACGGUGAAGUAGAAGAUUCUCAAGUGUUUGCGUGCGUUUGUGGAAGUGUGUGUGUGCGGGAGUCAGUUGUUUGGCGUAUCGACGGAAAACUGGAUUCGUACUGUGGAUACGACAGGAGAAACUACUUCCCUGUUUUCGAGAUAUUGGCGAUUCGCAGGAUUGCAAAUAUGCGUACAUAAUUACUGUGGAGAGAAGAAACUGGCUCUUAUCUGGGAGAGGAUUUAUGCCCAAUAUAGCUGGAAUAGUUAUGCUUCUUGGUUUUGUAUGAAGCUUUGUGAAGGAGAUUUGAAUGAACCACAACAUUACUACCGAGGAGGGAUCAAAACAAGGAAUUGCGUUGAACUUCACGAAACUCAAAACAAGCUGCCCUGUUCCAUACCAUGUCUCCAAUAACCAGUGUGCAAACGAUAGCAGAUAUCCGGCCCAGGAGGCAUAAUCUGUUGCUCAACUAGCCGCCCGCCACACACCACCCAGACAGGAUACCACGUUUGGCUUCCGGUGUCUUCGCUUAGGGUUCAUGGGAUGGUGGAAUCGUAGCUAAAUCGAAUUUCUCACCACACUAUCGGAGCCGCCCAAAGUAGUGAAGCAGCCUUCGAGCAAACGGAUGUAGUUCAGUAAAGUGUACGGCGAACUGGCGACCGUGCUUCGCGGAGAGGGUUAAAGUGGAAAUCGAUUCCCGAAGGUACAAGUGGGUGGAGCUGAGGGUCUUCAACAGUGUGAUAGUGCAGCUGCAAAAGUGCACUCCAUCGGUUUGCAUGGGGAAUAUUUGUAGCGGUGCAUGUCUCUAAGGUUCUGAACCACGGAGAAGAAGAAGAAGCAAAAGAGUUCAAGUCAAGUGCGAAAAAUUUUGUUCUGAGGUCGUUGAAAGAAAACUGAGAUAGAUAGCGGAAAAGCACGUGCAAGUGAGCUUGGAAUUGUACGUGCUUGUUCUUUCCAAGGAAGAAAAAACGGAGGAAUCCCUGUGCGAGUUCUGUAACCCAGUGGAAAAAAUUGCAUGGAAAACGUGAAAUAUGAUUUAACAGUGAGAUUCCGAAAGGCAAAAAGGCAAGUGGCUGAAAAUAGUGAAGAGCUCAUAAUCGGCUAAAAGUUGACAUCACCCACAUGCACACAUAGCGAAACCAGUCCAAGGCGAAGUGUUCUUCUGUACUCGAGUGCAAAAUUGCUGCUGGCAACGAAUUGUGGCAAAAAAAAGGUGGCCAAGUGUUUCUUAAGCAAGGGAAUUAUCAUAGGAGUGGCACCAAAGAAAAAAUAGUACGAAACAAAGUGCUAAGUGUGGGAAGUGUUCAGGGAGGGGCGAAAGUGAGAAGUUGCAGCACAAAAUAUUCGAGUUUCUUACUAUACUAAGCUUUGCUCUACAAAAAAUAGAGAAACGAGAUACGGAGUAGAUUGUCUUGACAAGAAGAUUUAUCGGAUCAAAUAACUCCUGCUGGCCAGGCUGAAAGAUCUAGCAAGUAAAAGGAUAAGAUUCCGUCGGACGGUACGGUCGGUUCGAGGCACAAGAAAUCUUUUAUUGGAUUUUAUCCACCUAGGAUCCGGAUUGUGUGUCUUCUUCUUCGGACAAGGGUCGCCUACAAUGCUCAACUAGAAACAAUUACUCUAAGGCGAAAUCCAUCUCACGUUCCAACCUACGAAAAUGCAACUGAAUGGCACGGUAACGAUGGCUGCCUCAUCUGAACCACCCGAGCCACCACCUCGCAAUCCGGACAAGAUCAAUGCAUCACUCAAGCAGCUAGCCGAAUCGAAAACCCGUUCGCUGGAUACGGCCACCGAUAAGACAACCGCUCCGGCCACCGGUGCCCGACCAUUCCGGCCUAUCCUGUCGCUGGACAAUGCAAAGCCAUUAACGAAGCCAUUCGAAUCAUCUGGAACGCCCACGUCGGCACCAGCCUCGUCGUUUGCCAACAGUAACAACAAUAACAAUGGCAGUAGUCACAACAGCAGCUUGGAAUCGAAUUCGACCAGCACAACCGGGGGUCCAAACUCGGGCACCGGAACCAGUGGAAGCAGCAUCAGUAGUUCCGGUGGAGGCGGAGGUGGUGACAAUGGCCCUGCUGCUGCUGCUGAACUGGUGAGAGGUGGUUCCUCAGGUAGCGGAGUAAGUCCACCGGGUGAAGGCGGUGGAAUAGCUGGUCAAAUUGGUAACAAAUUGAACUCCGGUCAACAGCAGAUCUCGCCCACGCAGAGUGAAAAGAGCAGCACAGGUGGGAGCAAGGAGCAGUCCGGUGAUAAUUCGGGUGGCGAUAACCUGUUCAAGAACGGUGUGACAGAUCUAGAAUCACCGCAAACAACCAAAAUACGGAUGGAGAACGAACGUCUGACGGCGGAAAUCACUCGACUGAAAAAGCUCCUACAAAAUUCACCGGAAGGCGCCGUGGGAGGAGUGGAUCUGCUGUCCGACAACAACAGCUUCGACGCACAAUCAACCGAUGACAGUGGCGGACGUGUCGAGAAGCUCGAAAACGAGCUUCGGAUAUCGAAGGAGUUGAUCCAAAGUCUCAAGUUGGAACGCAAGAAACUUCGGUCGGAUAAAAGCGACCUGUUGAUACAGGUCAAGCAGCUGUGCUCCUCACUCCAGGACAAAGAGCAAGAACUGAGAAAUUUUAUCCGCAACUUCGAGCAACGAAUACGGGAGACUGAGAAUAAUAGCGCCAAGCAGAACACCGAGCGGGAAAGAGAGCGGUGGUCUCUACUCAAACAUGCCCGAGACGAAGCCGAACGGUCCAUAGCGUUGGCUGCGCAACUCAACGCCCGAGACAUUCAGCUGCAGCGAACCCAGGAACAGCUGCAGGAAGCUCGGCGGCAGCUGUCCGGUUGCAUGUCCGACCAAGAGAGCCUCGUAUCAGCGGCUCCACUGACUCCACCCUCCGGAUUGAUGACCCACAACCAGACAACUACCGGAGGAUACUCCAACAUUAGUGGCACUCCUGGCGAUCGGGGUUCGUGUAGUGCCGAUUCGGGAGUUCGAGAGCUCAUUGCAGGAAGCAGCGAUCGGGAGAGUGCGGCAGGUGAUCUGAAUCUCAGUGAUGGGCCGUGCGAAAACGGGCCUUGCAUACAGGUGGACUCGGAUAGUGUAUCGUUAGUGUCUAGCCAUCAUAAUAUGUAUCAAUAUGGAACACCAAAGGAACGUAGUCCAACACUGUCUCCGUUGAACGCCGGAGCCUACUCACGAUCUGUCGAUAACACUGCACUUGCGAACUCUUUCCGUUCCGUCGAGCAGCUAGGCUCUCCGGUCGAGAAUGAGAACCAAACUUUUUCGAGAAGACUGCAACAACAGCAACAGCAAGCGCAAUCACAAUCAGCCAAGACUGGCGGUGCUUCCUCAUCAUCCGGUGGAGGAAUGGGUCUGACCGGCCGAAGUGGCCGUGGUGGCACCUGGGGAAGUAUAUCACGGGUGUUCGCCCGCAACCGAAAUCGCAACAAGAGCAACCCGGUGGCGGAGGCAGAAGCUACCGACUUCCAGUGGAGUCCCCUGACCGAGGAAGGUUACGCGGAGAAGCUACGACUGCUGCGGGAAGCUUCGUCGAUGCCGAUGGAACGCUGGAGGGCAUCGCAAGUGCUGGCCUGGUUGGAGGUUGCUCUGGGGAUGCCACAGUACAGUGCACGAUGCGCAGAGAAUGUUAAGAGUGGUAAGGUUUUGCUGGAACUGAGUGACGCCGAAUUGGAAAGCGGGUUGGGAACGAGUCAUCCAAUGCACCGGAAGAAACUACGGCUGGCGAUUGAAGAGCAGCGCAGACCAGAGCUUGUGCGAUAUCCGACUAUCGGGCAGCUGGGACAUACGUGGGUAGCUUCCGAGUGGCUUCCGGACAUCGGUCUUCCUCAGUAUGGUGAAUCGUUCAUGCACUCGCUAGUGGACGCACGGAUGUUGGAUACGCUGUCCAAGAAAGAACUGGAAAAGUAUCUAGGGGUCACCAGAAAGUUCCAUCAGGCCAGUAUAGUUCACGGUAUCCAUGUUCUACGAAUCAUGAAGUACGACCGACAAGCCUUGGCCAUGAGACGGUUACAAUCCGAAAACGUAGACACCGAUCCGAUCGUGUGGACCAAUCAGCGGUUCAUCCGUUGGGCGCGUUCGAUAGAUCUCGGAGAAUAUGCUGACAACUUGAAAGACAGCGGAGUUCACGGCGGAUUGGUAGUGCUGGAACCUUCGUUCUCUGGUGACACCAUGGCAACUGCACUCGGAAUUCCACCUUCGAAGAACAUCAUUCGACGUCAUCUAGCUACCGAGUUCGAAACUCUCAUCCUUCCAGCAAGAGCCACACUGGGCCAGGGGAUAAGAACCGGCGGCGGCACCGUGGUCCCCAUCGCUAGCGGAAUCGGAAUGAUGCCAAUGUCCGGAGAUCGUCGCAAUACCGGCAGCUUGCGGUUUUCCGCAUGGAAAGGAUCACAGGGCUCCCUAACCAAGGCCUUCCGGAUAAGUUCCAACUAUAAACCCCGUGGUCCAGGCAACGGCAGUAACGGGGGAGGCUCCGAUAAAAACAGCGUCUACAGUUCGACCUCCCCGACGCCGUCGUUCAGCAGCAGCGAGGGUGGCAUCUAUGCAGCCGUGGGAGGCCUUCAUCAUAUCCAUCAUCUGCCACCUCCGACUACGGCACCGCCACCUGUUCCUUCGCAGUACGGUUCCACAUGCGCUACCAACAACAGCAGCAGCAGCCCGCUAUCCUCUGCAGCAGAACAGCGAGCUAGCUAUCGGGUCAGUGCCCCACCGAUGGACCACGCCGGCUCUUCGGCAGCUUCGUCGUCCUCGUCGAUGGCCACCCUGCCCAAAUACGCGCAGCACCGACGGGUGAAGAGUAUUAGUGAUAUCGAGGUGGCCGCCUCGGCUGCACCUGGGUAGGGCCGUUGCUGCCGGGGGAUGGGAAAUGGAGUUUAGUUUUAGUGUCAUGCCGGGCAGAAGGGAAUUGACCACACAAAACACAUCGGGGGAUAGACGGAGGAAAGGGGAUGGGGAUAUUUGGCCAGACGGUAGCGUUCAAAUAAAUAUUGCUCAAUAUGCUGGAUGUAUGCACCUGGGAUCGGUUCACAGACAAACGGAUUUCGAUAUGAGAUAUGAUAGAUACAUUAGGGUAAGGUGGGGCAAAAGUUCGACCUUAGUCGAAUAAUCAACUAUUGAAACUAUUAGCUACAAGUUUGAUGAUCGAACUUAUGUCAAAAUAUUUAUCUAUUUUCAGUUAUAACAGUUUUAAAAUUGAUUUGGCCCACCACAUAGUGUUUUAUUUUGUGACAAAAAAAACUGACACAAUUCAGUCGUAAUCAAAUGGCUGAAAAAUCUUAAGUGAUAAAUUACGAACAAUCGAGUUCAUCCCUUUCCUUUCAAGAAAACUUCAAGACAACAGAUUUGCAGCAAUUUCUUUUGAGCUAGCCUUUAGUAAAAAUCAAAUUGUUCAAGGAAUGUCGAACAGUGCACAUUGGUCCCAAAGCCAUAUCUAGGAAGACAAAAAUGAUUGCG